CGAAAAUGGAGGACGAAAUUCGAAAACACAAAACUCCCCGCCCCCGCUAACGCACAAACGGAUCUCCUCCGCCCAUUUUCCCCAUCCCUUAAAAUCGACGGCUCACAUCUACAAUCCGCGCCAAACCAAAUCCACCAAUCACGUUUCGCACAUCAACCUAUAUAUUACCACACAUCAAGCAUUUGUUCCACAUCCGGCAUCAAAUAGUCAAUUUGCUUACUAUCUUCGUCUCGCCUCUCUCUAGAUUUCCCUGCUUCUCACUGUUAAGAUAAGAAGAAAUGGCGCCCAAGGCAGAGAAGAAGCCAGCGGAGAAGAAGCCGGCAACGGAGGAGAAGAAGGCGGACAAGGCUCCGGCGGAGAAGAAGCCUAGGGCAGAGAAGAAGCUCCCCAAGGAGGGAUCCUCGGACAAGAAGAAGAAGAGGUCGAAGAAGAGUGUGGAGACCUACAAGAUAUACAUCUUCAAGGUGCUGAAGCAGGUGCAUCCUGACAUUGGUAUCUCCAGCAAGGCCAUGGGCAUCAUGAACAGCUUCAUCAAUGACAUCUUUGAGAAGCUUGCUCAGGAAUCCUCCAGGCUCGCCAGGUAUAACAAGAAGCCCACAAUUACUUCCCGGGAGAUUCAGACCGCCGUGAGGCUGGUGUUGCCCGGGGAGCUUGCCAAGCACGCCGUCUCCGAGGGGACCAAAGCUGUUACGAAAUUCACUAGUUCUUAGGCGUUGGAUGGUGUUCUGUUUUUUUGUGAUUUCUGGGACCGCGAUGAUGAACUGUUCUUAUUUGACACUGUUCUUGUGUCUAAUUUUGUGGUUCACAGAUGUAAAGCCUUGUCUUUUGUUGUAUUCAGCUGGUUCUUUUUUGUAAUGUCUCGAUUUGAAUUAAUGUGUCUUCUUCCUCCGAAGUCACCUCUAAAUAUCAAUGCUUUCCCUGAA